ACAGCUUGCCCAUAACAUGUACGAGUUUGGCGGUCGAACAUAGCGUCGGUUGUAAGCAUUUGAGUGAGAACGUUCAUCAUGGCUGGAGGCAAAGCCGGUAAAGACUCUGGGAAAUCAAAGGCGAAGGCAGUGUCUAGGUCAGCUCGGGCCGGAUUACAGUUCCCUGUCGGACGUAUACACAGACAUCUCAAAAACAGAACCACAAGUCAUGGUCGAGUGGGAGCUACCGCAGCAGUUUACAGCGCAGCUAUUUUGGAAUAUUUAACUGCCGAAGUGUUGGAGUUGGCUGGAAAUGCCAGUAAAGAUUUGAAAGUCAAGCGUAUCACACCCCGUCAUUUACAGUUGGCUAUCCGAGGAGAUGAAGAAUUGGAUUCAUUGAUCAAAGCCACAAUAGCUGGUGGUGGUGUCAUCCCUCACAUCCACAAAUCCCUUAUUGGAAAGAAGGGUUCACAGAAGACCUCAUAAUUGCUGUACAUUUGCUUGAAGAGUAGACUGAUCAUUCACCUUACAUUAACCAUUCUAUUUCAUUUUGUUUGUCUUGUGCAUCUGUCUGAUGGCUGUGCAGAUUUCAUCAGUGGUAGGCCACCUGCACUAGUGAACUACAGCCUGUUUUUAACUUUUGAUUCCAUUGUAUGUACAUUGGUAAAGUAGUUUUAAUACCAGGUUGAUUACAUCACUGUAACAAAUAAACCGAACCUUUAUGUAACAUUGUA